AAACCCGAAUCGUUCGGAUCUUUCUGAAAUGAAAGCAGGCGAAGAAUAGAAGUCUCGAGUUUCAUCGUCAUCGGAUACAUACAGCUUGUCUUGGAUUUAGAUUGGGAGAAAAAUGGCGUCGGGGUGGGGAAUAACGGGAAACAAAGGGAGAUGUUACGAUUUCUGGAUGGAUUUCAGCGAAUGUAUGUCUCACUGCAGAGAGCCCAAGGAUUGUUCACUUCUUCGUGAAGACUACCUCGAGUGUCUUCACCAUUCCAAAGAGUUCCAACGAAGAAACAGGAUAUACAAAGAGGAACAGCGUAAACUUAGAGCAGCUUCAAGGAAAGGCGAAGAAACCGGGGAUGGCACUCAUACUCAUCAUUAAAUUGACAACCAUCCUCCUUCAAGUUUGCAUCUUUCGCAGCCAGGAAGAAGAAUAAAAAAGGUUCUUGAUGAUUCUGUAUCUUGUGCCAAACUUCAUUUGUGAUUGUUUUAUGUUUGCUUGCUCUGUUUGUUUUUUCCUUGUCUAUUACUUUUUGACUGAGUUGUAAUUUACCUUUGGCUGUUUGUCAAACACAGACUUCUUCUUUCAUGGAAUUAAUUAUCUUACAGGUAUAUUAAAA